GUUCGCGCGCGUGUGUUUGUGUGGGUGCGCGCGCGCAAAUUCGUUGUUGAGGUUUUCGGGACCUCGAAAAGAAUUUAAAAAAAAAAUUCCUUUCUGGGCGCUUCGGUCGUUUUGCGGCUCCGCAGGCGGAGUUCUUGAGACGUCCGGGAGAUGUCGUCGUCGUCGUCGUCGUCGUCGACGUCGCAAGCUUAUUCGAGGGUACAGCUCUAGCUCUUCAGCUGUCUGUGCGUUCGAAAGGGGGUUGACGUUGAUGGCCUCGCCACCCGGGUCCAGCCCGCGCGGCUCUUAAGACUUCUGACGGCGAUGUGACGGACCCAAACCAGCGACCUCCGAAGGAAGACCUCUGGCGCGUGCGUGCCAAACUCUCUCGGGUCCCCCUCGCGGACAUGACGUGCCGGCGGCCGCUGGCGGCUGCUCGGCGGGGCGAGGGUCGCCGUCGACGACGGCUGCGGCGUGUGUUGUCGUAGCUGUUGUUGUUGUUCCAGUUGUUGUUGUUGUUUGUUUGUGGUGGUGCGCGUUCGCUGGCGCCGCGUGGCGCCGGCGACAACCAGAGCCGCCAGGAUAUCUUCCUUCGACCAGACGGACUUCCUUACAUUCCCAGACAUGCUCAGCUGGUUUAGUGAUACCGGGCUAGCGGAUUCGGAACCGACCCGGGCCAAGGAGAUGACCGCUAUCAACUCGGGCAUGCACGAGGUCCCGGGAGUCCGGCUGCCGCUGCAGACGAGCUACGCCUCGCCCGGCCCGCACGCCGCCGUCUUCAUGUACAGCACGCGCGGCGUCGGCGCCGAGGGCACCGUCACGCUGCAGCUGCGCGACGCCGACGACCUGGUGGACGACAAGUCGGGCGGCGGCGGCGGCGGCGGCCUGGCGUCCGUGCUGGCGCGCCUGCAGCAGGAGGACGCGACGCUCAGCAUCAGCUACCAGGACGCCGACGUGCUGGGCGAAGGGAGCAUCGACGUCCUGCUGGGCGCCGGGUCGCUGCACACCUCGAGCGCGGGCGGCGCGACGGCCACCUUCGACCUGUUCGACUCGGAGAGCGGCCAGGACCUGACGCUGUCGCCGCAGACGUUCACCAGCUCCACCGAGGCCUUCAUCAACGACAACUCGGACAGCCUGGGCGUUCCCGGCGACGCCGACACGGUUGGCAGCAGCGAGGACGCCAAAGGGGCAGCGGACUCGAGCAAACUGGCGGUGAAGAAACCUCGGCCUAAAGCUUCCUCCCCCAACCGCCAGGGCCCGCAGCAGUGUCAGGUGUGCAGCAAGGUGUUCGGGAAUGCGUCGGCGCUGGCCAAGCACAAGCUAACGCACAGCGACGAGCGCAAGUACGUGUGCAGCAUGUGUGGCAAGGCGUUCAAGCGGCAGGACCACCUCAACGGCCACAUGCUGACGCACCGCAACAAGAAGCCGUACGAGUGCAAGGCGGACGGCUGCGGCAAGUCGUACUGCGACGCGCGCUCGCUGCGCCGCCACACGGAGAACCACCACAGCAGCGCGUCCGCCUCCAGCACGGGCGACGAGGCGUCGCCGCUCGCCGCCUCCUGCAUCCAGUACGCGCCGCCCCCGCAGUCCUCGUCCUCGUCCUCCUCGUCCGCCUCCUCCUCCUCCUCGUCCGCCGCCGCCGCCGCCGCCGCCGCCCCCGCGCCGUCCCAGCAGCAGCCCGCCGCCGCCUCGCCGCCCGCCUCCAAGUCCCCCAGCCAGCUGCAGCAGCUGCUCGCCACAGAUGCCUCCACCUCCAGCCCCGCCGCCGCCGCUGGCGCCAAGGCAGCCGGCGGCGGCCGGCCCGCGAACAACGACGGCCUCACCAAGCAGCAGCUGGACCUCAUCCACCAGAUCAUGCAGCAGACGCAGCAGCAGCAGCAGCAGCAACAGAAGCAGCAGCAGCAGCAGGCCGCCGGCAGCACGGGAGGCGGCGGCGGCGGCGGCGGCGGCGGCGUGAAGGUCGUCAGCAACGGGAGCAGCCCGGCGGGCAAGGUGACCAUCGGCGGCAACAAGUCGAGGACGUGGCCUGUGCAGAGCCCUGCGGGCGGCGGGGCGCCCGGCUUGAAGGCGAAUGGCGUCGGGGGCGGGCAGGGGCCGGCUUCAGGGACCGGCGCGGCGCCUCUCUCCGCCUCCGCGGCGGCGGCUGCUGCCUCCAAGCCCCAGCAGCAGCAGCAGCAACAGCAGCAGCAGCAGCAGCAAGAGCCCAAGCCAGUGGAGUGCAACCUGUGCCACCGCAAGUUCAAGAACAUCCCGGCGCUAAACGGCCACAUGAGGUUACAUGGGGGCUACUUCAAGAAGGACUCGGAGACGAAGAAGUGCGAGAAGAAGGAGGUGUCGGGCCCGCCCCUGCAGACGGCCAGCAUGAGCGUGCGCGCGCUCAUAGAGGAGAAGAUCAUACAGAAGCGCAUCACCAACCCGCUGUCGGCGGCGUCGUCCCACCACCAGCCCAGCGCGACGCAGCAGGUCACCUUUGCCACCAGCGACGCGAUGAGCUCCCUCCGCACCGUCGCCUCGUCCACCGGGCCCAGCCCUUACGCCAGCUCGUCGCCGGGGUUGGCGGGCAAGGAUCCGCCCGACCUCAACAUCAAGCUGUCGUCGUUCGUGGUGCCGGCGCCUCCUCCCCAGCAGCAGCAGCAGGUGCAGCAGCAGCAGCAGCAGCAGCAGCAGCAGCAGCAGCAGCAGCAGCAGCAACAACAACAGGUUCUCGCCGAGAAGGCGCGCCGGCACUCGGACUCGGAGCACUUCGUGUCGCCGCGCGCGCCCAGCGCAGCCGCCGCCGCCGCCGCCGACCACCACGAGGCAGUCGCCCUCGCCGAGCUGCUGCUCAAGAGGAGCACCGCCGCCGUCAAGCGCUCCAGCUCCGACCCAGGCCACCACAGCUCCAACAGCAGCUCGGCCAGCCCCAGCCCGCAGCCGGCGCAGCAGCAGCUGCAGCUGAGCUUCACGGGCGGCGAGACGUACUCGCUGAGCUACCAGGGCGAGGACGCCGGCUACUUCUCGCCCAGCCUGCAGGACGACAUGUUCCAGCAGUCGGUGCAAGACACCAUGCUGCUGCACGGCGUGGACCCGGCGCAGCUGGCCGAGUCCAUACAGUUGCAGGCAGCCUCCCUCCUCCAGGACCAGGCGGCGGCCGAGCACCUGCAGGACAUCGCCUCGCUGGAGGACUACCAGAGCGCCGCCGUCAGCAGCCCCGGGGUCGCGCAGUUCCAGUCGCAGAACGGCCACGGCAUCUCGCAGGACUUCCAGGCGGUGCUCAACUCCCCGCUGCCCGUCGGCCUCGCGGACUUCUCCCCCUACGGCCAGCACUCGCCCCUCCCCAAGGACCUGUCCUACCAGCCCUCCCCGUCGCCGCUCCAGCAGAAGGACUUCGCGAGCUACGCCGGCUCGCCGCACACCAUGCUGGGCGCCAACUCGCCCUUGCCCUCGCCGCUCGCGCACCACGACUCCCCCGGCUUCACGUACCCCACUCCGCCCGCCAGCCAGGAGGGACAGUCGCCGUCCUUCAGCCACGGCGGGCUGGUCACCGGCGGCCUGCCGCUGUCCUCUCCGCAGCAGGGCGCCGCCGACGGCUUCGUGCAGUCCGUCAUCUCGCACGGCGGCCACGUGCCGCCCGUGUCUUCGCCCCUCUCCGCGGCCUUCUACACCUCCACCAUGUCCAGCUCGGCGGCCGUCGAGGAGGCCCUGUCCGAGGUGCUCCCCGUGGAGUCCCUGGGCGGCCAGGGCUGCAUGCGCUCGCACGGGCUCGGGCUGUACCAGUCGCUGGUGAACCCUUCCCCGCCGCCGCCGCAGUCGCCGCUGUCGGCCACCCCCGUUCCGUCCCCGCUGUCGCUGUCCAGCGUGCCCGCGUCGUCCUCGUCCGUGUCGUCGCCCCUGCCGUCCGCCGCCUUCGCGCCCGCCCAGGGCCAGGUGUCCUUCCCGCUGUCCCCGCACCACGCUCUCCAGUCGCACAUGAUGCCCAACUCGGAGGACCCCUUGCUCUCCAGCAGCCCCAAAGACUUCGCCAGCAGGAAGAGGUUCGACUUCGGCGGCAUGCACUCGUACAAGCUGGUCGGCGGCAACGGCAUGGUCGACCUGGGCAUGUCGGGCGCGGGGCUGGCGGGCAUAAUGGUCGACAGCAACGGGGAGUUGAAGUUCUUCCAGGCGGCGGCGCCGUGCCAGGGCAAGGGCCUCGUCAUGUCCGGCGCGAACGGCAUCUCGGGCGGCGGCGCCGGCGGCCUGGCGGUCUUCCAGAAGAAGGAAGACCCCGGCAGGUCUCGCCUGCUGGGCAAGCUGUCGUCGCAGCACAGUCCCCACUACCACCACCACCACCACCACCAUCACAACGCCAGCGGCUUCAGCAGCAGGAGUCAGAGGCCCAGGCUGCAAGUAGCGAUAGACAACAUCAAGGAGGAAGUCGACGAUGAUGUCUUUCUCAGCCCCACUAGAAUCCCUGCGAGCCCCAUCAGGGUGACGCGCAAGAGGUUGCGGCCGGAGCCGCUGUACCUGCCCCCUCACCCCCACCCCUCGUACCAGUCGAGGCUGAGGAGCGUGCGGUCCAGGGACUCCGGCAUGGGCGGCCCGCGCCUGCCCUACACGCCCGCCCCCAUGCUCAGCCCGUCCCGCCAGGGGCAGGGCCUGUACUGGCAGGCCGCCGCCUCGCCCGUCCCCGCCGCGUGGCCCAGCUCCACCACCACCACCUCGCAGAACGGCAGCGCGGAGUCUCCGAGCCCCGACGAGAGCCAGCCGUGCGGCGACCCGGCGCCGGAGAGCGACGGCACCCCUCACAUAAACGUGGGCGCCGAGUACCAGAGCGCGGUACCUAAGUGGAACCCGGACCGGGAGAAGGCGAACCGGGAGCCGUCGUACGAGCACCUCCUGUGGGACCCGGGCAUCAGCAAGGUCUGCACAGAUGCCGAGGUGGACAUGUACCUGGAGUUUGCGUGCUGCGCGGCGGUUCCUGGUGGCGGCCGCAACAAGGAGUACGCACUGCACCUUCUGCACAUGUGUCACGGGAACAUCCACGAGGCGAUGCUGAAGCUGAUGCAGCCCACGCCCUCCCUGCCCGCGACCCACCCCCUGCUGGCGUACGACUACUGCGAGAGCGACCGGUGGAGCACGGACGAGAUGGAGGUGUUCCACCAGGGGCUGCUCAAGUACGACAAGGACUUCACCAGCGUGGCCCACGAGAUUGGUUCGAAGACCACGAAGCAAUGUAUUCAGUUCUACUACUUGUGGAAGAAAGUGUGUCCUGAGGAGUACAAAAGGCUACGUCUGAUCAGGAGGAGGCAGAAUGCAGACUUCGGUUCCCGGAUGGAUCUCGACUUUGAAGACAUCAAGCUAGAGGAUUCCCGAAGUAGCAUUCCUGCCAGUGACGUUGAACUGGUGACGACGAGCUCUGAAAGCCGCUUGUAUGUCUGUGAAUAUCCUGACUGUUCAGCUAGCUUCAACUCGAGGGCGGCGCUGAACGGCCACAUCCGCAUCCACGCCGGGGGCGCGAGCGGGCGGUCGCCCACCCCGGACAAGCGGCCCGCCACGGCGACGCCCCCCGCCCUCGGCGACCUUCUCGAGGAGUUCCCCUGCAAGAUCUGCGGGAAGGUGUUCAACAAGGUGAAGAGCCGGAGCGCCCACAUGAAGUCCCACCGGCCGCCCGACGCGGAGCCCAAGAAGCCAAAACUCGACCCCCACAAGAUGGAGUCGGCGGAACAGACGCUGGGGCGCGCCAUGGGGGUCUCGUCCAGCGUGGGCGGGAGCCUGGGGCGGCACACCUGAGCGACCGCGACCCCCCGCCCUCCUCCUCCCGCGAGACGGACUUGAUGCGCUCGCGUUCCUCUCGCCCCCCCCCCCCCCCCCGAGGUGUUGCUUGCGUCCUCCCCCCUGUCCUCCCCGCCACGCCUUCUGUCCCCCUCCCUCGCCAGUCGUCCCUCGUUUCGAGAGCGAGCGGGAGGAAGGGGUCGUCGUUCACCCGCGGGUGCGGAGAUGCGCACGUGGAAUUCUUCAUCGUUGUACGUUCAUUUGUCGGUCCUUACGUUUUUAGUGUUUUUUGUGUUAGGUCGGGACACUUGAAAAAAAAAAAAAACGAGGGAUUAGAGACUCGUUUGGAGCCAAGUGCACAAUUUCAGCUGAGGCGGAAUGUUCGGCCUCGAAUUGACAGUAUUAUCUUAUUGAAUCAGUCUCUGUACAGUAAAACUAGUGUUACUUUCUAAUACAUAUUUUACCGUCUUGAGUUUUGACUAACUUCCCUUGCUGCAUUGGUUUUUUUUUUUUUUGUAUUGUGCUGUGUAAAAAUUUGAUUGAUUUUUGUGGUCAUUUCUUAAGAUUUAUGAACACAGAUGUAUAACUUUUAUGUGCUGUACAUGUUUCUUUAAAUCCCUUUUUAAAAGAGAAUUUAAAAAAUACCAAAGUGCAGAUGUGUUUGCUGUACUGAGUUGAGGACAAAACACGUAUAAAGUAAAGUGCCUUCUGACUGGGUAAAAUAAAAUAUAAGAAUAAUGACAAAAGAGGAGUGCUGUACGAAGUUACCCCUAGCUUGACUGGACUGUAAGUUUAACUCAUGUCCUUACAAAACAGUUUUCCAUGCCUGGCAGCAGUAAUGGGGUGCAAGGAAGCAAUAGUUUCUUAGAAAAAUAAGAUUAUAUUAUUUAAAAUAAAAAUAACUUUGCAUGUGGUGAUAUACAUGUGCAGUAGCGUGUGCCAUAUAGCGAGUUCUCGGCACGUAAAACUGAGAGCAUGAGAGAGGGGAGAUCAGUUCCAGUAUUUGUUUGAGACAGUUCGAAGCUACUUUUUUUCGUUUUAUUUUUUUUUUCCCCCUUGGCUAACAAAUUAUGUAAAAGUGGACUUCCUUUUCCAUGUUUUGCUGCCAGAUACUUUGCUGUGUGUUGUGAUAUAAAAAAAAUACACUUUUCUUGUGUCUUUUUAAACUAUGUGCAGGUCAGCUGACAGGUGGAUUGUGUAUCUCAUACCCUCUUUCCUCCUCCUCUUAAUCCCCCUGUUAUAGACAAUCCUCACCAAUUGCGCGCAUGAGGCGGUAGGAGUGUCUAGAUAAAUCUAUUUAAAUAAUGAAGUCUAUAUAUUUUAUGUUUGUUGUUGAGGCUAUAUUGAUGACUUUGAGUUUUUUUGAAAAACCGCUGUCAUAGCAUUUUAACAAUAAAAGUAUAAAAAAACGAUGAAGCAUCGUAGGAGAUGCGAGCCUAGAUUGGUUGUUAGUGGAUGGACGUUGUUAGCUAGGUUCCUCUGUCAGUUGACUUAUCCGGUGUUUGUUGUUAUGUAUCAGGUGCUACGGUCACUUCAUUGUUACAGAAAUCAUUAUUGUUGUGUGGAUUCUUGUGUACAUCUGACGUUAAAUGACAAAACUUUUUAAGUGUGGUUUUUUCGAGAACAGAAAACAAUCAAGUAAUAUUGCUGUGGUCUUUCAAACAAAAAUAUUUAAAAAAAACCUGAUGAUGUCAAAAAAAAACUAGUGUUUUAAUUAUGUAAGUAGAUUUUUAACAAAUCAAUAGUAUGAAUCUAUUGUUCAUGUGCCUGGAUUUGUAUUCUUGUGCCAACAAUGAAUGUGGAUCGAGGAAAGGGCCACUGCAAAAUGAUCUCAUGAGUUAUCUCGACAUGCCAUGACACACGAGCGACCCUUUCCAACUGAGUUCAGUAGUCGACUGUACUUUACUCUAGUACUUAAGUUUUUCUGCAAAAAAUAAAAUAUGUAAUAAUAUUAAUAAUAAUACUAUUCCCUGUGUGGUAUGAAGUGUAGGCAAUAAGCUGGCUCACUUAUAUUGAUGUAUGUAUUAGUCCUAUGUUGGCAGCAUUUAUUGCCAGUCCUGCCCUCGUCGUGUGUUCAUGACAACCUCCCGUGCUUGGUUCGAAACCUCGGCCCUUUGCCGAGAGUUAAAAAUGUUUCUACGUGUUUGUUUUUCAACGUGCAACAUGUGAAAAUAAAAUAUGCACACAUUUAUCAAAGACUCGGUAGUCUUACUGCAAUGCCAAACUAAGAUGUAUUAUAGCUCAAGACUUUUCCACAUUAUUUUACGAUUCAUUGCAAAGUACUUGACUUUCUAGCUAUUCUGGAGAAAAAACAAAAAAAAAAAAACAUUUUUACUAUUUCUGUACGUAGGAAAAGGCCAAAUACCAGAGUGUUCAACGGUACUAGUCGAAACAUUUGCUGUUAUAGGUUUGUACUUUGUGGUCUGUUAUAGACAUCAUGUAUAAAAUAUAAAAGCAAAAAGAAUUCAAAGCAAAUAAUAAUAAAAAAGAGAUUUUAAGAUUAAUAGAAAAAUUCAAAAAUUUGUACAUCUUCAAAUAUAAAAUUUUAUUGCUUCCUUUUUUAUAAAAGGGUGUGUAUAUUUUUUAUGCACAAUAAUCUGUUAUUUUAAAUAUGGUACAUGCUUUUAAUUGACCCAAGAAUAAUGUGUGUUAUAACUUUCAAUAAUAAUUAUCGUUAUAUGAAAUGGAGCAGUGUCAAGUAGUUAUUGUUAAACAUUACUGAAUGUUGACGUGUGACAUGUGCACACUGCAAACCCCAGAUAAUAUUACGUAAUACUCUUCAUCAACGACAACACAACAUGAUGUUCCACCGGUUUGAUGUUUCACUAUGUGCUGGAUAUUUAUUUCUUUACUCAGAUUAUAAGAUUACUAUAAUGAAAUCAUGAUGCUGUUUUUUAUUCAUAUUGCUGGUCACACGUAAUACUUGCGAACUAUGGCUUUAUGAUCAAGAUUCAGAGAGUUUUGAGACAAGAGUUUUUUCGGAAUGCAAGUUAUUUAAAUUUUAUGGAUGUUUCUUUAGAGUUCUAGUAAUACUGAAACUAGCAGAAUUCUUUGCGUGCUUAGUCCUGAAGCCAUAAAAUACUCUACAUAUAGUUUGGUCUUGUUAAAAUAUUGUCAAUGUGUGCAUAAAUUCAAAAUGAGACUGACUUUGAGCAGAACACUAAUAUGACUGGAAGAAUUGCUUUUUUAUUAAAUGCAGUAAAACUUAACUCAUUUUGUACUUCUAUACAAAUUCAAGACCUCUAGAAUUAACUUUAAAAUUGUGCUACAUAAGGAUGGAUAAUAUAUUGUCUCAAAAUUAUACGUAAAUGACUGAAAAGAAAAUUGUAACCCAUAUUGAAGCAAUCUUCUUAGCAUAUUAGUUUGAGGAACAUUUUAAUUUAAUGUGCCAAAUAAAUGUAAUGUUUAAGGCAGCUUUGAAUUACAUUACAGUAGGUGGUAAGUAUCAAGUGUAGUGAGAAAUGCCAUCCCAGAACUAUUUUUUAUACGAACAUAAAAAAGUGAAAAGUACAAUAUUUUCCCACUUAUUCCUUGGGGAAUCGAACUGUUUGAUCAGUAUUAUUGAGAUGAAAAUUAAGAAUAGCUACCUACUCAUAUUUUUGAGAGACUGUUGUUCAAGUUUUCUAGGAAGGUGUCGUAGGCAUAUAAAAUAAAUCUUGCUGCAAUAAUUGAUGAAAUCUUAUUGUGACUGAGAGAAAAAUGUUCCGAUAAACUGGCAUGUCUUAUCAAGGCCAAAUUGUAUGUGAUGUCCCCUUGUUGCAAAAAGCCACACAUUUUCCUCUUUUUUGGGGAAAUAGUUCUACAUUAUCCAUAUCAAUCAAGCAAAGCUGAACACUAUUCACCUUUGAACAGUAACCUAGUAACUGUUUGCCAUUAGCACAUGUACCAAUUCAAAUACAUUGUUCAUAAGAUGCUAAAAAAAGUGUGUAAAAUACCUUUUGCAAGUGCAAAUUCUAGUUCAGUUUUGUUAGUAUACAUAAGUUACCUAGGUAGUAAGGUAAGUAAUACUUACAAAUUUUUGUCUUUAAUUUUUUUAUAAUUUUUAUAAUUUUUAUUUUGGUUACAUGUGUGUGGAUAUGAAUGAGAAAUUAUAAUUUAAGAUGAGUACAGUAAUACAAUGUGUAAGAGCAUACAAUUUUUUUGUAUUAAGUUUUUUGUGUUGAUGAUUCCAUGUUUUUAAAAGAUUUGUUCUAGAGCCUCACUCAAAUGACUUUACAUUCUAAUAUAAACUUAUUUAUUACCAUUGUCAACUGGCACCAGCUCAUACAUCAUAACACUGCUAAGCUAGCUACACAACCUGAGUGUUUAAACGGCAGUUUAGUAUUAUGAUGUCCUAACAUGACACCUACUCAUUUAGAAUCCGGAAUUGCAAAUGCUUUUGUGUUUAUGAUGUGCAUUUAAAAUACCUGCAGGUACUGUGUCGCCAAGAGAUGCAAACAACCAUUUUUGAUGCAUUACAACUAGGUGUAAUCAAAUCUAGCUCACCUGUCUAUAAGACUACUUUAGUCGGAGGAUUUUUAAAAAUUUACUUGCUAUUUAAUUGGUGUUGCAUCGUUAAAAGGUUACCAAAAAGUGGGAAAGAGUAAUUGGUUUAUAUUUGAGAGUUUUGGUGCAUCAAUUUGGGUGUUCUAGAUGGCUAGCAUAGCAUGUUAGGCUUUCUUCCUUAUGUUGUGAUGUAGUACAUAGGUACUUUAUUACUACUGUGAAGUUUUAGUUUAAAAUCAACUCUCUCUUUAACUUAUUAUUUAUUUAUAAAUUGUGACAUGUCUACCCAAAGCAUAUGGCCAAAGUGGUAGACACCUUACAUAAAAAUGAACAAAUACAAAAAUUAAAUUAAAGCAUUGACAAAAUAUUUAUUACAACAAAAAAUUAAAAAUAAACAUGUUAAAUACAGUAGAACAAGAAAUGAUAAAUUAAAUCAAGGGAAUAAUUAAAUCAAUAUGUGACCUAAUUCAUUACAGUAGUACAUUAUAAGAUAAUUUAUUUUGUUUUGCAUAUCUAACAACUAUAAAGAUAAUAACUGAUCAGUACACAAGUAAUAAUAAAAAGAUAGUUUGAAGUUGUGUUAAAAAUUUUAAAUUAAUUUUGAUUGAUUAAUAUCUCAAGUAGAUUAUUGUUGGCAUGCACUGAAUGAACAUUGACUUAUUUUCCUAAUUUAGGAAAAAACUAUCAAAUUUAUUACAAUUACAUAUUUACUAAUCUAUGUAAAACAUCAUUAAUUUUACUAAUAUAACACAAGAGAGGAUGAUAGCAUGUAUUAAAAGUAUGAACUUUGAUGACAGUAUUUUCAAUCAAGUAAUUACAACAUAAACUAUGUUCCAAUUAUUAUUUAAAACAUACACAAAUUGUCACUAGCAUUUGACUCUAAUUACAUUUUUUAGGAAGUACUCUAUUUAAUCAAUUCUAAGACGAUCCUCUUUAACACUUUGUUUCUCAGAAUUGAAAAAACUAUUUCAGUCAAAUAAAUGAUAAGGGAGAGAAUAGGAACCAAAAGAAACAAUCUUAAUUUCAAAAAUUUUUAGGCAAUAAUUCUAAAUCAUUUUUUGUUUUGCCUAUUUUUGUUACAUUGAAGCAUACAAUUCAAUAGAUCAUCUGAACUUAAUGAUGACCGGCUGCUGCAAAACGUUUUCCCGUUGAAGUCAUUGGCGUUUAGCAAUAAAUUCUUUUUUUGAGAAUGAAACUAACUAUAUUAAUUAGUGAUGGGCCAGAUUCCAAAUUUUCUCAACUCUGAAUCUCUAAUUCGAAUCCCAAAGAGUAAUUUUAAUAUACUUCUUGAAUCCGAAUCUAGGUCACAAGAGUCAAAAAUAAAAUAAUGCACAAGAAAUAAAAAAAGGGUUAACUAUGGUGUUGAAACAUUCAACCCUUCAAAUGUUUGUUUCACAAACUAAGUUUCCAAAAUCAAUACAUACCUGACUGUAAUUUGAUUCAUAUGUUUACAUUUUAAAUUACAAUAUCCUAUGUAAUGUAACAAGAUAGGCAUGAAGGAAAAAUUGACCUAGUAAACUUCAACUUACUUUUUUCCUUCUAAUAUUUUUUGUCCAAACUUAGUCCUCCAAUAUUGAAUCCUUUAAAUACUAUGUAUUUGAGGAUUUUAUUGGCCCAUUUAUAGUAAUAAUGCUAUCUGUAAACACUUUAUUGUGGUCUUUGAAAACCUGUAUUUUGUGAUCUCUGCCUUACAGAAGGCAAUGUUUCAAUGUAUUAGGAUAAAAAAAUUGUUAUGGCAUAAGUAUGGCUUCUUUAGAUUUGUAUACCUCUACCCGGUCAUUGUGGUGCAUUUUUUGUCAUCAGUAGAAAAGUCCCACAGCGACGCAAAGCAACUUUUGGGCAUGAAUUGUAUCUAGCGACCUUGCAAUUAUUUGGUAGCUUCGCGCGUUAAUGACGAGAAGGUUCGAUCCUAACACUCCGAUACUUCUCAAAUUGAUGAGCCUCCGAGUCAGUGACCAGUGUUUCGGAGCCCACUGUAAUCUUGGAAGCAUGGCCGCCUUGAGGGCCCCAUUUGCACGGGCACACAGACACACGGUGUGCAGAGCUUCCGGGAAAGAAAAAAAAAAAACAAUCGAUUUGAAAACUGCUCAACAUUUCCGAGCGGUGUGUUUUUACGAAAAGCAUUUAAGAAUGCGCAGAGGGCAGGUGGGUAGUUCUGCUUUUGUACUUCACUUUUAAACUGUAUUUUUAGGAGACUGAAAAUGGCUGAAACGAGUGUUUUCAGAAUAAAUCAUCCGGUACAGAUUCAUGAAAGCGUUCAAGGGACUUACAUUACACCUUUAUCUUCAUUUACCUGUAACACAGUUUUACGGCUGCCUCUCGGAUAUCAUAGUUACCCUGUGCAUGACGAGAAGACUGCAUGUCGGUCCACAACCUUGCACUUAUAAGCAACACUGCGCUAGAAGCAUCCUUCCUCUCUAACGUAAAUACUCCCCUGACUAGGUGGUCCCCUUAAGCCUUUGUGCACAGCCGUGCAACGCAAAUUCUAUAAAAUAAAAACAUUACCAAGAGAAGGUUGUUCUCUGAUGUUUUGAGUGUCUGGUGUCUUUCUGAAAUAUUUAAAAUGUUUGAAGAAUGGUGGGCCUGUGAUGAUAAGCGCUUUGUUUUAAUUAAACUUUUGACUAGUCACCACUUUUUUAAUUGUACAACUUACUAAAUUAUCUCCGCACUAAGCAGCACUCAAUUUUUAGAGCUCAAAAUGUCGCAGCAAAGAUACACUAAAGAAAAGAGUAAUUUUUGGGGUACGUAAAAAGCACCACCGAAUUUAAGAUAUAGUUGAUUCUUAAAGCUCGAAAACUUCACCAAAUAUUGUGCCCCUUGAAUUUAGUAUAUUAGGUAUACAGUUUCGUUUCAUGGGUUACAAUAACACACUAUUUUUUUUAAUGUAAUACAUCAAGAAGUUAUUCAGGACUGAUUUAAACUGCAGUAUAAUUAAUUUAAUGUAUGUUUGUGUUAAUUUGCCAUUAAAUGUAUCUACAUAAAUAUAUUCUACACUCUGCUCAAGAUAAGGUGAAACUGUUUCGAAAGGUCCUUCAGCGAACAUUCAGACUUACAGCUGAGUAUUGAACUUGAUGAACCAAAAAAAAAACAUAAUUCAUGAGGCACCAUACUCUCAAAAUCAUAUAUAAAUAUUUUUUUGGCUAAUUUUGUGAGAAUGUCCAGCCAGAGACACCUCAGGACCACGCAAGACUUGCGGGCCCCAUGCCGUCUGUUUUCACGUAUACCUUCCUUAGUUUCUUUUUUUUAACAUAUGGACAUUAAUGAAAAAAAUAAAUAAAUUGUUAUUAACAUGUAAUUUAAAGUGCUGGUCAAUGCCUUUCGAUAUCAAUUGAGUUUUCAUGAAUACAUAACAGAAAAUCUUUCAAAGAUUUUACUGCCUCAUUUUAUUUAACGAAACAAUUUAACAAGAAUUUGAUCAUUAGCAUUCAUAAAACUCACCCAAGUAUAAUUUAAAUUUACCAUGAAAUAAAUUCAAAGUUUCUUAAGAUAAAUUAUUAACAAAACCAUCAUCAAAAUUCAGGUUUGAGGUUUGCUUAAAAAAUAUUGUUUCUAAGAUUUUGGUUUUCAAAUUUUCCGGGUGAGGGACUCCUGAACCCACAUUUUCUGUGGGGGCUUUUGCUACUGUGUUCAGUUGUCAGGUUCUCUAUGUUCAUUGCAGCACCUGUCAAAGAGUCUCACUUUAUCUUUUAACAGAGUGUACCACAUUUUCAACUCCUCUUUAUUGUAAUUCUUACAGUUUUGCCUGCCUCCUUAGAAGGAUAUCAUCAAUCUAAUGUAGACCCUGGAAUUGAAAUUUUUGGUCCAGAUAUGAUUAAUUAUUAACUGUGUAUGUGUAGAUUACUGCAAUUUUUCUGGAUUUCUGGAUUUCUGAACUCAGAGGGAACUAAAAAUGUGGCAGCGUAGUAAUUCGACAAGUAAUUCAACCACCUGAAAAAAUCUGAAUGUGGGUUGAACCAUAGAAUGACAAAAUAAAGAUGUUUUAUUGUAUUUAGAUUGUCUAUUAAGAUUUAAAUUAUCUAAAAAAAAUGUAUUUUGAAUGCAAAUUUAAAUUAUUAACUAUAAUUUUCCUGAUGAUUAAAAAUAGGAACCUUUAAUUCUUUAUCAUCGUCAUUGUUUAGGCAGAAGUAACUCACUUGCAAUUGACUCUUUGCAAUCUUCUGAUCUUGAGCUGACUGUGUUACAAAGUCGCCUGGCUAUUGACUCAAUUUCUUCAGAUCACAUUCAACAUGACCUCCAAAUUCCCUGUAUUUUCCCAAGUUUUUCCAUCAGACGUCACUGGUCUGGCACUUCAGCUAAAGUCUUGGAUCAGGAGGAGGGGGAGAACUGGAAAAAGGGUAGUGCCUUUAAAGAGCUAUGCAUAGACCAGAGCUUUGCAUAGACCAGUGCUGAUGUUCUUUUUUAACAUACAUGAUUAUCAUUCAAUUCUGCUAAUGUGUCGUUCCUUAUUCUCAUUAUUACAGUCAGUGUUCACAAGCUUCCUUUGUAUUAAAGUUAUUGAAAUAAUACCAGUGCUAAAAUUAAUUAAAUUAACCCAGGAAUAAAUGCAGUCACGUAUCACUGUAGCUAUGCCAUGAAUUUAUCUCCCCCGCCCUUGCUCCUUUUUUGCGUUCCCCCACUUUACUGUACCUGAUACUGAAAAUAUCAGUUCAACAUCAUACUUCCUCAGCUGAAUAAAUUUCACCUUAAAACCAAAUUACCUGUUCAGAAUGCUAGAUAGACAACCCUAUUGUAAUAUUGUGAUGUCACCGUAUUAGUAUCAAACUUGUAGAACUAUCACUUCUGCAAUGGUUGAAGGAGAAAUUUGUAUAUGUACUAAUCAAUUUUUGGGGAAACGCAAGUGGUUUUAUUCAGAAUGUUUCUGACAACUUAACUUUAACACCUACUGGUGUUUCAUUAUUUUUUGUUUUUUUGUUUUUAGUCAACAUUAGUUGUGAUUUGUUGGUGUGAAAACCAUUUUUUUUUGUUUAUUUUGUAGUACAGUAUCCAUCAACACUUAAAUAUUGAAUUUAUAAUGCAAAAUUUUAUUUUUAUUGUUUAAGUGCAUAUGUGUGUGCUUUGAAUUGUGGAGCUAACGUUAUGUUUGUUUUGUUCUGAUGUGUGCUAUUCGCCACUAUCGGAAUAGCUACCCAAUAAAAUCUGUUUGUUUGUUUUUUUUUUUUGUGUGCAAUUACGUAAAAGUAUUUUAUUAAAAAUUUUUUUAAUGUGUAAGCUUGCUUUCUAGCCAUCAUCUGUGCAGCAGCAUGAAAUAUUUAAUUUGUUUUUCUCAACCCUUCCGCCAAUCUAUUGUUUGAUCUAACAUACUUAGCUGAAAUGUUCCUGACCGGGCUAUGCUGUGAUAGAAUGCUUAGAGCGAGAAUAGUUUUAGUGCAGGCAGCGUCCGUUGUUUUGUGUUUGGAAAAUGUGUGGCUUUUCGAUGACGAUCUGUGUAACUGCAUUGCUGUGUACCAGGAAAUGCUAGAGCCUCAGUACAAGAGAAAUAAUCAGAUGUAUGUUACAUAUAUAUGAUCUGUAUGCAUACUUUUGUGGUGAUUUCUCAUUAAAUGUAUUUUUAUCUUUGAA